GGACAAUGGAGACCGAUCCAGGCACCGAGCACCCCGGAAUGCCCGCAUGUCUGCACCAUCCCUGGGGCGCUUUGUCCCAAGACGCUUCUUGCUGCCAGAGUACUUGCCUUAUGCUGGGAUUUUCCAUGAGCGGGGACAGCCUGGCUUGGCCACCCAUUCCUCUGUCAACAGGGUUUUGGCAGGUGCCGUGAUUGGGGAUGGACAGUCAGCUGUGGCCAGCAACAUUGCCAACACCACCUACCGGCUCCAGUGGUGGGACUUCACCAAAUUUGAUCUGCCUGAAAUCAGCAAUGCCUCCGUGAACGUGCUUGUUCAAAACUGCAAGAUUUACAAUGAUGCUAGUUGCGAUAUCUCUGCCGAUGGGCAACUGCUGGCAGCCUUCAUUCCCAGCAGUCAGAGAGGCUUUCCUGAUGAGGGAAUACUGGCUGUGUAUUCUCUGGCACCCCACAACUUGGGCGAGAUGCUUUACACAAAGCGAUUUGGCCCUAAUGCCAUUUCUGUGAGCCUGUCUCCAAUGGGCAGAUACGUCAUGGUGGGACUGGCUUCCCGACGUAUCCUGUUGCACCCUUCGACAGAACACAUGGUUGCUCAAGUCUUCAGGCUGCAACAGCCCCACGGUGGAGAAACCUCUAUGAGGAGAGUUUUCAACGUUCUGUACCCAAUGCCUGCUGACCAGAGAAGACACGUCAGCAUAAACUCUGCUCGCUGGCUGCCUGAGCCAGGCCUGGGAUUGGCGUAUGGCACCAACAAAGGGGACCUGGUGAUUUGCCGACCAGAGGCCUUAAACUCUGGUGUUGAGUACCACUGGGACCAGCUGAAUGAGAACGUCUUCACCGUGCAUUCCAACAGCAGGAGCACUGAGCGGCCUGGAACCAGCAGAGCCACAUGGAGGACAGACAGGGACAUGGGCCUGAUGAAUGCCAUAGGCCUGCAACCCCGAAACCCCCCCACCUCUGUGACUUCACAGGGUACCCAGACCUUGGCGCCUCAGCCAGAGAGGGAGGUGCAGGAGCAGGAAUCCGCCUCUGCAGGGACUGGGGAAGGUGAAGGCCCAGAGUAUGGGGCCAGUGGGGAGGAUGCCCUGAGCAGGAUCCAAAGGCUGAUGGCAGAAGGUGGCAUGACGGCUGUGGUCCAGCGGGAACAGAGCACCACCAUGGCGUCCAUGGGCGGCUUUGGCAACAACAUCAUUGUGAGCCACCGAAUCCACCGUAGCUCUCAGACUGGCGCAGAGUCCACUGGGGUUGAGGGCACAUCAGCACAGCAGUCCACCUCACAGCAGCUGGCAACUGAGCUGGAGGGACGGAUCCUUUCAGAGUCUAUGCAGCUGUCGGAUCAUGGCCUGAGCCUGCGGACAGCCCUUAGCGGGAGUGAAGGACAGAGCGCUAGUGUUCUGGACCUGCCAGAGCAGGCCCAGUCCUCCAUGGACACUGAGGGACCAAUUGAGUACAGUGACCUAACUAAUAAUAACCAUCUUCCUGACAGUACCAACUUCUAUAGUAAUGACAGCACCAGUGGGGAGUCGCGGAACAGGUAG